AAACUUACAUCCGCCAUUUCGUGAGAAGAGCCUGAGCUGCGAGUAGCAGGCAAAGACAAAGAUCAUUCUAAUCUUUAAAGAUAAGCGGUUUCACAUAGUGCGAUUUGUUACAUUUUUAUAUUUAUAGGCUCCCGCAACUUUUUUGAGCAACGACGACCUUGAUGCUGUGCAAGUGUGGACUUCUGGAAAGUAGCUGCUGGGAUCUGUAAUCCAGCAGACUGAGGAAAGCCCUAUCCAUUACUUAUCGCAAACGUCUGAGACCGAAGCUCAUCUUCCUCAUUAUCUCCCAUAUACAACACUGAGAAGACCAAAGAUAAAAUGGAUUCCCUAAUGGCAAGUAACGUGACCAACAAGAAUGAUCCACGCUCCUUGAAUUCUCGUGUGUUUAUUGGUAACCUCAACACACUUCUUGUAACAAAGGCAGAUGUAGAGGCUAUCUUCAGCAAGUAUGGAAAAAUUGUAGGUUGUUCAGUACACAAGGGUUUUGCCUUUGUCCAGUUUCAAAAUGAGAGGACGGCACGCAAUGCUGUGGCUGGAGAGGAUGGACGUGUAGUAGUUGGACAAGUUCUUGACAUCAAUCUGGCAGGUGAGCCUAAACCACAUAGAUCGAAGACUGGCAAGCGUUCUGCGGGAGACAUGUACAGUUCUUCCUAUGAUCUGGAUUAUGAUUUCCAGCGAGACUACUAUGAUCGGAUGUAUUCAUACCCAUCACGUGUUCCUCCUGCUCCUCCUCCUCUCUCCAGACCCGUAGUACCAUCAAAGAGGCCACGAGUCAGUACCAGUGGUGGACGCCGCACUAAAAGCAGCUUCUCGUCAAAAGGCAGUCAGAGGAGCUCAUCUCGUACCUUGAAAAUGGAUGACCUGCAGACUAUUAAGAAAGAAUUAACACAAAUCAAACAUAAGGUGGAUUAUUUAUUGGAGAGUCUUGAAAGAAUGGAGAAGGACCAUAGUAAAAAGUCAGAGCAAAAAAGUAGCAAAUCUGAAAGUGAUGAUGCUCUUCAGCAGCAUAGUAGCAGCAGCUCCAAGAAAGAUGAGGUGACUAAGAUGGAUCGAGAGGAUGUAGGUGACUCUGAUGAUGAGCGAGACCUGCUGGAAGAUGAAGAGGUGAAGAGCCAUGAUCAAGAAGAUGAUGAUGAUAAUGAAGAGGACAGAGAGGCAGAGGAAGGAGAGGACGAUGGUGACAGUGCAAAUGGGGAUGACGACUCAUAAAUGUAUAGAUGUAUAGCACACUGACAUUAGAUCUAUUUUCUGUCCUUUUUAUUUUUGUUUUAUUUUAUUAUUAUUUUUUUUUUUUUGCUCUUGAAAUUUAACAGAAUCAGGACACCUUCUGUUCCUUGUGUUUGUGUGCCGUUUCACAUUGACCACACAUUUUUCUCCUUGUGUGUCUUUAUUUUUGAUACCUCUUAAAUAAACCAUUUCUUUUAUAUCCUAUUAGCUGUGAGUGUGUCCUGGUUUGUUUAUGAACAUAAUGCCUUUUAUGCUUAAUUAGUAUUUUGUCAAUUGUGAAAAAUUAUACAUUGUUAUAUUUCUAUGAAUUUGACAUUGCUUACUCUGUAUCUAAAAGGCAGUUUGUGCUGUUGAAAAAAUGUUUUCUUUUAAAAUAGAAAAAAGCAUAUCUGAGGCACGCCGUAUAGUGGCCUUAAGCUUUAUUCUUUAGAAUUUUAUUCUUAUAUUUGUUCAGAAAUGUAAUUGAGUCUUCAGCAAGGUUAAUCAUGGAUGAGGAUAUUAUACCUAAACCAAACAUGCUCAAUUGUACUCUGAUGUCUUAAGUACACCCCUGUGUUGGAGAAAGUUUGUGAACCCUUGCUUUUAACUGUGAUGACUUUCCAGAUAUGAGUCCUCUACAUUCCCCCAUUUACAGAUAAUUGUGUUCCUGCUUCUGCUUGGAUGUUUUGAAUUGUGUUGAAAGCUUAAGCUUUAGUUCACAAAUUGAUGUUCUAAUAUUAUCUGGAUUUGGUAGUACAGUUUAUGGGUCACUGUACCAUCAAUGCCCCUAGUACUACAGAGCUGCUCAUUACCUUCAUACUCGUACUGUUUAGUUGGAAGAUUCUGUACUGUUCUAUUCAUAAAUAAGAAUAUUCUUGGUAAAGUUUUUUGGUCAUUAGCUUAAACCAUUUUUUUCAGAUUCAUCCUUUUUACAGACCCCUGAAAACUGAAAUUGGAGAUAAGAGGACUGAACAUAAUUUACUGCUACCUCUGGGUUCUAACAACCUACCUCCAGUAUUGUAUUGUACCUUGCUCUAAUACGGAGGUUUGUUUGAGGGUCUCUUCUAAGGAGAUUACCUUUAUACAUGACCUGCCUCACCAUGAAAUCGGUUAAGGUGGCAGUCUUUGUAAAUGUUUAGUCGCUAUCUGAAGCUUUGGGAAUGAAGAUUCUCAAAAGUGGAUAUAAUUUCCUACCACAAUUGUGUUAAAAAGAAUAGACCAACACUGAUAAGAGAGUGUAUGGGGAAUGAUUUUUUUUGUUUAAAUAUUUGUAUGAUAUACUUUAGGCAGUACCAUUCACACUGUAUUUAACCCUUGACACUUUGACUUUUGCGCAUACUAUAGAAAUAUCCACAUUAGCACGACCUGUUAUCUCAUGGUUUAAGUUUUCUCUUUUUCAAGAUCUCUAAAGUACCAUCUGUUGUGUGUAAUUUUAGUGAAAUAUUUUUAGAACCUUAAAAUCAGAUUCAGUUUACUGAAAGAUCAAAGGGGUUCACAAACUUUUUCAGCAAAAUGUAUCUGCAUUGUAGUGCUGAAAGAAAAAUAUUGUUGAACGAAAUUGUAUGAAUGAAGAGGAAAAAAGCCCUAGCAGGAUUGAAAGUAUAGGGAUAUCAUUCAAUAAAAGUAUGUGUAUUUUUUUUUUUUUUGUUACUCAAGUUCAUAUGAUUUUUGGCUGUUUUGUUUAUCUCAGGUUAUCCUGGUAUCAAUUAAACAAUCAUAACUUAAACCCUCUUGAGGGGAGUGCAUCUAGUAAAAUCAUUUGUAUAUUGGCAUUAAGAUUUGUAUGUUUUCAAAGUGUUUUCACAUAUUUGCAUGUAAAUGCAAAGCCUUGUGUGUAAUUUUGAUAAGGGUAUGGUUUGAAUUUAAUAAUUUCAGAGUUGUACUUUAAGCUUCAAGAUAUGGAAGUUUACUGCAGAUGUGUAAUAAAAUGUCUCCUUGCUCUGUA